AUGGGAUGUACACUAUCAAAGGAGGAGCGUGAUGCCCUCGAGCAGAGCCGUAAUAUCGACAAAAAACUGAAGGAGGAUGGCAUGCAAGCCGCCAAGGAUGUUAAACUUCUCCUUCUCGGUGCCGGCGAGUCGGGCAAGAGCACAAUUGUGAAACAGAUGAAGAUCAUUCAUGAGGGUGGUUUCACUCAAGAAGACAAUAAGCAGCACAAACCCGUUGUCUACAGCAACACCAUUCAGUCCAUGGCGGCUAUCCUGCGGGCGAUGAAUACCCUCGGCAUUCCAUUCGGUGAUCCUGUCCAGUGUCCCGAGGAUGCACGAGUUGUGAGCGACGUGAUUCAGGCGAUGCAAGACACAGAACCCUUUUCCGAAGAACUCCUAGAAGCUAUGAAACGACUUUGGGCGGACCCCGGUGUCCAGCAGUGCUUUGUGCGGUCAAAUGAGUAUCAACUCAAUGACUCCGCAAAGUACUUCCUCGACGAUUUGGAUCGGUUGGGAGCAAAGGACUACCGACCCACAGAACAGGACAUCCUGCGAACGCGAGUUAAAACCACCGGUAUCGUUGAAGUUCACUUCCAAUUUAAAAACAUGAAUUUCAACCCAGUCGUGCGACUAAGCGUGCUGUGUUUUGUGAUCGUAGGCAAGCAGACCUACGAGGAGGCGGCAAUCUACAUCCAGGCCUCCUUUGAGGCUAAGAAUCGGUCGCAGAACAAAGAGAUCUACUGUCACCAGACCUGCGCCACCGAUACCAACAAUAUUCAGUUCGUCUUUGACGCCGUCACCGACGUGAUCAUCGCCAACAACUUGAGGGGCUGUGGUCUCUACUAA